AUUUCGUCUUCGGACGGGCAACGUUUCGCGUCGCCGCUUCUUUUCCUCUUGCUGAAAAGGCGACCCCAAAAAAAGCGGCACACCAGUUUGGACCAGUGAGGCAGCAGAGAGCGGCGUCGCCGAAGCACCUGCUUUGGUUUGUUUACAAACACAGCCCAUUUCCUACCCCCCACCCCAACUCGCACUGUUUGGGAGCUCGCGGAGACGGAAGCGGAAAUAGGUCCCUGCGCCCUUAAGCCAAUCGCGGCGCGGGAGCCCACAACCACGGACCAAUCGCGUCGCUCGCCGCGCCUCUGACGUCACGAACGGGAGAUCCUCGUCGGUCCGGUGCCUGGAAAAAACAGAGGUGGUGGUUUUCGCGGCUGGCCACGGGCAGGGGGAACACAAACCGGACGGUUAUGGAUUCGUUGCGGGAACAGGUGAUGAUUAAUCAGUUUGUCCUGGCCGCCGGAUGUGCCAGGGAUCAGGCGAAGCAGCUUCUGCAGGCGGCUCACUGGCAGUUCGAGACUGCCCUGAGCAUAUUUUUCCAAGAAGCAACCGUGCCGAGCUGCCAUCCUCACGCGGGUCACUUCAGCGCGAUGUGCACGCCGGCCAACACGCCGGCAACCCCGCCCAACUUCCCAGAAACGCUGCUGUCCUUCUCCAAGAUGACGGCCGGUAGCGGUUCCAUGGCCACCCCUCCCCCGGUGGGCGGGUCCCCGAUGGGGGUCACACCCCCCUGCAUGGGAGCCCCACCCCCGCACCCCUCCCACCGCAGCCACGUGUACAGCACCAACAUAUCGUCGAUGGGCGGCAGCAGCCACCAGUCUUCCCUGGGAAGCGGUCAGCGCUACCCCGGCGCCGUGUCGCCCUCUACGUCACCCCAUGCCAGCAUGGAGGUGGAGGCACAGCGAUAGGUCUCCCAGCAUGCAGCCGGUAUGGUGCAGGCAUAACACCAACCUGGUGCCGGUGUGGCUCUGACAUGAUGCCAGCGUGGGGUCAACACAGCGUCAACAUUCUGCCGGUACAACACCAUCAUGAUGCCAGCACCGAUGCAUUGCCGACGUGGUGCCCGACCAUCACCGACAUGACGCCGGCAUUUUGAAACAGUACCAGAUGGUGCCAUGGUUGUCCCGACACAGCGCUGACACCAGUGAGGUGCUAACACAGCCCAACAUGAUGCCGGCACAGCCCCAACAUGACGCCGGCGUGGUGCCCGCACGAACAGUGUGCGAAGGCCACCGCCCUGGCACAGUGCAAAAGAACCAGUGCGCGCAGAACAAAGAGCGCUUCGGCGGACUCCAUUAUUGUGUGCCCCGACUAUGUUAGAUGAAAUCGCCACAUGCUUUAGAAGUACCCCGUGAUGGCAACAACAACAAAAAAACAACCAGUGUCGUCUGUCCCCUUCCGUCGUUUCCUGCGGCCGUGUGGCUUGGUGUCGUUUGUGCUGGAACACAACAGUGGCUAUGUGUUGAGUGGUUCUUUUUUUUUCGUCUGUAGCGACUUAGCACGUAGAAGAGUGUGGGCCGAUCGGCGAAGCCAGCGUCGGGGGGAAGGGGGGGGGGGGUGGGAGCACAAUUUUGCCAAAAAUGCCCCUUGUUUUUAGCUCUAGAGCGAGGUCACCAGAUUUUAAAGGCAGCACAGUGGCUACCAGAGGCAUGGCAAUGCAAGCUCAAGCUGUAUCUGUGGGCAGUCCUGUUCCCCAAAGUAUUAAAAAGAAUUUAUUUGAAAAAAAAAAAA